UCGGCCAAAGCGAUAAUCGGUCGAUCCCUACUCUUAAUCACCUUGGUUAUAACACGAGGUUGUAGUGCUCUGUGCAGAUAAGUCAAGACCAAUGGUCUCAAACUGUGGCCCUCCAGAUGUUGCAAAACUUCAACUCCCAGCAUGCCCGGACAGGAAAGCGAGAGUGACAUGCUAAGGCCGCAUUCACACGGCAGAAAUUCUGCACAGAAUUUUGCAUGAUCUUUUCUCAAGGAAUUCCACCUAAAUACAUUGCCUGUUCCCUUUAAUUGGAUUCCACAAGGAUGAACGGGAGCGUCUACAAGAUCUACCACCAGCUGAAGUCCAGAGACGUCUAUGACAUUUACCUCUCUAAAGAUGUCAACCCUACACUUCUCGAUGAGGUUGUUCUCUACCCCAUGAGGCAGCUGUACAAGGAAUUUUCCCAAGGUCACAUUAAGGGCAGGACUUUACUACAAUUCAACCCGGGCCCUGCCCCGUACAAGCUGCUGGUUUGCUGUGAUUUUUUUGAAGAGAUCAAUGUCCUGGAAUUCAAUGAAGAAAAUUCCAAGGAACUGAGGAAAUGGCUGAAGAAAGAUCCGGGGGCCCUGGACUGGACGCGCGCCUCACAGUACGCCUGUACACUGGAAGGAAAAAGUAAUGGGUGGAUAGAGAAGGAGGAACAAUUAAGAGAAAGAAUAAAGCGGGUGAUAGAUUGUGACCUCACAGCGGACCCCCUUGUGACCCCUGGCACUCUUCCUCCGGUGGACUGCAUACUUAGCAUCGGGGGUCUUGAAUCAAUCAUCAAUGACCAGGACAACUUCCGGAAGAACCUGGGGAAGAUGGCAGCUCUGCUGAAGGUCGGGGGGCACGUAGCUUUCUUUGGUGCCAUAAAUGGAAAGUCGUACAAAGUUGGGGAACAUUUGGUUCCCUGUUUUGGUUACAAUGAGGGUUUUUUGAAGGCGGCCCUUAGGGACACAGGAUUUGUCAUCGAGAGUCUGGAGAGGAGACCAGGAGUGGACAUCAGCGACUACAUCAUCUAUGAUAGCUUUGUGUAUGUCAGGGCUCGUAAAGUAAGAGAGACAUAAAAUCUUAAAAAGUAUCUGUCACCAAAUAAACUGUUUUAAAUUAACUCAGGCUAUGUUCCCUAACUACUCCUAACACCCUCCCACCCUUAAAAAAAAUUUCUUACCUUAUCUUACCUUUCUUCUUACUCGCAUAGUGCAAUUUCCCAGCAGGAGAAAGUGGGCGUUUCCCUGCAGGCAUGACAUCACUGAACCACUUACGCCUUCACAUGGUUGCAGAGCUGUGAUGAAUAGAAGACCUUAGGCUCUGUGCAUGUUUCAGUCUGUGUUGCUAUCAGUAAGGCUCUCCUGCAGGUUUUAGUCUGUGCAGCUUUCUGUGAGAAUCUGUGGAGCUUUCACUUUCCAUGCAGCUGUCAAUCAAGCUCAAAGCAGAGAAACACUUCCUGAGUUUGGACUCCUGCCAGGCCGAGAGGAGACCAAACUCACUGUAUUAAUUGUGGCAGGGAAUAGAACAGAGCCACCUAGUGUACAUUUUUUCUAUGACAUUUUAAACAUUUGUCUGCUAGUUACACAAGGAACACUAUAUAAAAAAUGUUAUUUGGUGACCGGUACUCUUUAUGAUCAGUAUGGGAAGACAAUGUAUGUAUUUGUAUUAUUGUCUGAUCUUUUACUCUUCAGUGUUUUACCCCAGUGAUGUCUGUGAUAUGACAGAUAUAUUACUGCAGAUGAGUUGUUGCCUUCUGGUAGAUCUCUGAAAACUAAAUAUGGAUAUGUUGACUAUGUAAGUAGGGACGUGACCCAGGAAUAAACUUGUGGAUCAGCUGAUCUUGAAUAUUGCAUUUAUCUUUUUAUACUUCCCAGGCUGCUAAUC